UAAGGCCAUAAUCGGAUACACUUUUAAGCUUAUCAGCUAAAAGACCCGAAACAAGGAAACCUUAGAGGGUUUUCUGAAGUUUGAUUGACUGGAAUCAAAUCAAAUUCGUCGAGGGAGGGAAGGAAGAUGGCGGACGACGACCAUUUACCUCCCCAGAUCAGGCUCGUCAAUUUCGUCUCUGAAGAACAGUUGGAAGAAGCCAGGAGAAGUAGGGGGUCUCGCAUCGACGAUGGAACUGCCCAGAGAGAUAGGUCCCUGUACGAGAUCCUCAAGGAGAAUAAAGACAGAAAAGAUGCAGAAUUCAAUGAGCGUUUCAAGCAUAGACCUCCCAAAGCAUUGGAUGAAGAUGAGACUGAGUUUCUUGAUAAAUUAGAGAUGUCAAGGAGAGAAUAUGAACGCCAAGUGGCAGAUGAAGAAGCACUGCAGCUGCAAAGAUUUCAAGCGGCUGUGGCAGCACAAUGUGAUGUUCAUGAGCUAAAGGAGACGCCUUCUGCUCCCAAAGUACAGGAUCAAAAUGUGUCCAAGAGGAAGAAUCCUUCAUCUCAACCAUUAGGCAUGGUUAUUAAAGUCAAGCCGCAAGCAAAGAAAGCAAAAGGGGAUUUGAUGGGUUCAGAGGAGACAUCAAUUGCUGUGGAAACACCUGGUGGUGAUAAAGCUGAAACUCAUAAUAGCGAUAAUGAGAAGUUCCAUUUUGCUAGGAAUAGCGGUUUGGUUUCGUACAGUGAAAGUGAUGAAGAUGAAUGAGAUUUUGUUUAGUUCUCUGUGUGGUAGAUUAAUUUGUUAAUUUGCAAUAUACUGCUACUUUGGUGAGGAUACCGUUGCUAACUGAAACUAUGGGGAACUAGAGCGAAUGAAUUCUUCUCUCUUUGGAACUCUU